AUGGCAGAGAACGGGAAAUGGGUUUACAUUUCAGCGACUUCAGCCAAAUGGAGCGCGAUAUACUUCUUCGAGCUCGCGUGGCUAGUGUUUCAGCGCACGCCGUCGGAGAGCGAAGCCUCGUUUUCGUCGACGGAAGGCGAGGCGGCCAGUCAGCGAAGCGACGUCGUCGGUGAAGAGCUUCAUUCGCGACUCACCCGUACUGAAUGGUGCGACCGCAAACAUUGCGUGGUACUCGACAACUUCAGCGAGGAGGAGUGCCUCUGCUAUCGAGAGAUGGAAGACCCUGUCACUGCUGCGCAGCCUGAAGGAUGCGUCACAGAGAACCCGGAGUUCCACCUCGUGUCUAAACAUCGCUGUGCUCCGUACGUCGAACAGUUUGUUGACCAAGAUCAACUGCACCAAGUUUCUAGAUUUUAAACUGCAUUUCACCGACACCCUCGUUUGCUGGUCGUACAACCCAAGGUCUAACAAAAGUCUGUUGCAUAACAA